CCCUCAGUAAGAACAGAUUAUCCGGUAUGAAUCCCGUCUACAGCCCUGUUCAGCCUGGAGCUCCCUACGGUAACCCCAAGAACAUGGCCUACACAGGCUACCCAGGAGGUUACCCUACUGCUGCUCCCACCUACACACCAAACCUCUACCAAACGGGUACUCCAGGGUACCCACCAGGAUACACUACAGCGGGUACUCCAUAUAAAGUGCCCCCCACCCAGAUGAACGGAGCCCCCCCGCCCUACUCCCCCUCCCCCAACCCCUACCAAACAGCCUUGUACCCCAUCAGAAGUGCCUACCCCCAGCAGAGCAUGCAGAACCUGCAGAAUUUAUAUGCACAGGCAGCAGCGUAUUAUGGCCAGCCAGUGUAUGCGGCUCAGCCACAUGCGUAUUACACCCAGCCUGUUUAUGCUGCUCAGCCUCAGCCUCAUGUAAUCCACCACACCACAGUGGUUCAGCCAAACAGCCUGCCCUCAGCCCUCUACCCCGCCCCGGUCCAAGCCCCUAGAAACAACGGAAUGGCUGCCAUGGGGAUGGUUGCCGGGACCACCAUGGCUAUGAGUGCAGGAACCCUGCUGACCACACCGCAGCACGCUCAGCUGGGAGCGCACCAACACGUCACCAUGCCGCAGUUCCGGCCCCAGGGUGCACCUGGGUACAGCUAUGUCCCGCCCCACUGGUAGACCCCCACCCCACGAGAAAUCUGGAGUCCGACAUGGUAUGCAACUACUCCAGUCUUACACAGGCUUCUUAUGGUCACCAUGGCAAUGUCACAUCUGUCUGCAACAACAAAACUAAAGUGUUGCAGAGGCUUCUUACGGUCACCAUGGCAACCUCACACCUGUCUGCAACAACAAAACUAAAGAGCAACGGACACUUGCUGCAUUCUCUAGGGUUUUACAAAAGCUGCUUGAUAUUUGUUUGUUUACUCAACGAUUCUUUUCUUUUCCUCCUUUGAUUCGUUAAUAUGUCGUGUCAGUUCAUUGUUUUUUACAUUGUUACAUCAUCAUUGGAACUCCAGAGUGAUUGACCAAUCGCGAGUGUCUGUUGCUCUGCUCGUGUACUGUGUGCUGCUGCUGUGUGUCAGAGGUGGGAAUGUACUGGCCGCGUCCUGCUCCAUCCCUGUCAUCAUCACCAGCUUUAUGCUGCCAAAUGUUCUAACCAUUAGAUAUCAGCACAGUGCUUUGAUUGAAUUUAAUUAGUUGUUUUAAUCCCUUACUUUUACCUUUCCAACAAAGCACUGUGUUGGAACAGCAAACCUGUUGUUGUCUUUACAUCCUGUGUGUUGGAACAGCAAACCUGUUGUCUUUACAUCCUGUGUGUUAGAACAGCAAACCUGUUGUCUUUACAUCCUGUGUGUUGGAACAGCAAACCUGUUGUCUUUACAUCCUGUGUUGGAACAGUAAACCUGUUGUCUUUACAUCCUGUGUGUUAGAACAGUAAACCUGUUGUCUUUACAUCCUGUGUGUUAGAACAGCAAACCUGUUGUCUUUACAUCCUGUGUGUUAGAACAGCAAACCUGUUGUCUUUACAUCCUGUGUGUUAGAACAGUAAACCUGUUGUCUU